AUGGAUUUAGGCUCACUUAUACCAACGUUUAAUGCCGCAAGACUAGAAUCUGAGUCCAUCAGGAAACCUUCAAAGGAAACUUUGAAGAAUAUCCAGAUAGAGAUUCAAACAGCAUUGCCUCCAGAUCAUGUCUACACUCCUGGAGAAACAGUCCAGGGUGUAUUCAAAAUGGUCCAACUUGGAGACAAACCUAUUCAUGAUGUCUACUUCAACGACUUAGAGAUUACUCUGGUGAACAGAUUCGUCACUUCUAAUGGGCAGGAUGCAUCUUUCUUUCAGAUGGAAGAUAACCCAAACGUUUCUAGUUUCCCGCCAAUGUGCCAUGAUCCUGACAAGUACGCAUUCUCCAAUUGUGAAUUCCCAUUCGAAUUCACACUGCCAGUGAAACACCUUGAGGACACUUGUGUUAACGGACUUCCUGAGCAUAGGCAACUGUUACCGUCAUAUGGAUUACCGUCUCUAUGCGGAAUUGCAUUUGCGCCUCGUUCAGUAGCUGGGCUUGUACCUACAGACGUACAACAGACAUUACAAAAGUUGAAAAAAGUUUCACAGAACAAGUUCUGUAACACGUAUUACAUCAGUGUUAAAGUUAAACAGAAUGUUAAAGGUCUAGGACGACCAUACAUCGUUUUUACGAGAUCAAUGGAGGUUAAAGUGAAAACGUCAAAUCAUAUGACUCCCGAGUGUCCGACAAUCAAUAAGGGUACGACCAUUAAGUGUCAUGAUGCUGUAAUCGGAAAAGUCUCUGUUGAAUCACCAACAAUCUCUACAGAUUUACGUUCGGAGAGUCCGUUGAAGGUGCCGAUCGAGAUAACUUAUGAGCCAGCAGCAGAUACUAGCGAGUUCCCUCAAGUACGCCUAUCCUUUGAGCCGAACCAGUACGCAGUUCAGACAGCCAAGUGCAACCCACCAAUUGUUAUAGGGGACGAAGGCAACCAAGACGACGUGCUUGUUCAAAAAGUUGAUACAAUCUAUUGUGCAUCAGAAGCAUCGGUCAGUGGUACUUGGACUCCUUCUUACUUCCAUCAGGGACAAUAUAUCCAAAAUGUGGAGGUAUCGAUCCCGAUGGACAAUUUCAAGUCAUGCUCUCCAACCUUCCAUAGCUGUCAUUUGCAGAACAUCCUUAACGCUGAGAUCCGAGUUGGUUUCAAUACUCUACCAUCGUCACCCGAGGAAACCACUACGAAAAAGAAGAGAUGGCCAUUUGGCACAGUCAUGUUCAAUUCGAAAAAGACAGUAGCUGAGAAGGAUACAUCAUCUUAUAGAGGAGUAUCGCAGCCAAAUGGUAUCUUACUCAGAGUACCCGUAAUGGUUCAAUGA